GCAGCGCUGAGGGGACGCCUGAGCCGCGUGAAGCUUCGGAAGUGUGAUGCAGCGGCGGUUCGAUGUGUUCGACGAGCUGCUCUGGGAAGGAAGCGCCGACAGUCACCACCUGGAGGGCAGCCUAACAGUGUUCGUGAAGUACAUCGCGGUGGUGGUGGAGGGAGCGCUGGAUCAUCUUGCCGUUGAGGGUCACCUAGGAAGCCGGUCGUGAUGUGUGCCAUGGGAGGCUAUGGCGCGCAGGAAAUGCCGGACGGGCCGAAGAUACGGCAGCCGACGUUCCUGGAGGAGCUGUGUGAGAUGGGCCAUGUUUUUGACACCAUGCUGACUGGAUAUGCGCUGCGGCUGAGGACCCCCCAGCGCAUCACGCGCGAGCAGAUGUUGAAGGCAAUGUUCCAUCUACGCAGACAGGUGCCUUGCCUCCGUCUGGCCUUCUCAGGCACUGGGAGCGACAUGUGGAUGCAGGAGGCAUCGAGUGAAAGUUUGGACCUGGAGAUGGUGGAGCAUGACUCUGUGGACGAGGUGAUGGCGGUGAUGUCCCGGUACCGAUACGUGUCCCGCACUGGGCCGCUGUGGUGCGUCAAGGUGCUGGUAGGCUACCCUCCCAACCGUGCUCCUGUGCUGCCCGCUGAGAAUCUCUCUCGACCUGACACUGGUCUGGGCACGCCCUCCCCUGAGGACCGGGACUUGCCGCCAGGCCCCGGCGAUGAUGGAUUCGGAUGCGAACCGCUCAUGCCCGGCGAUAUCAUCGCCGUGCCCCUGAAUGAUCCCCAUCGCUGCAUCAUUCUGCCCAUGGACCCUCACGCCGAACCAGGCCAGGAGGUGCAGUACAACCCGAUGAUGGCCGAAGGAGGCGAGGUUGAGGUCGCAUUUCCUCCUUACGCCCCGGACUACGCCCCACCCCCGGAAUACGCCCCACCCCCAGACUACUCCCCGGACUACGCCCCACCCCCAGACUACGCCCCGGACUAUGUUCCACCCCGAGACUACGCCCUGGAUUAUGUGCCUGCCCACAGAGGAGGAGGAGGAGCACGGGCAGCUGCUUAUGGGCAAGAAGGGGCAGGGCCAGUUGUCCACGGGGAGGGCGAAGUGGAGGCGGCUGACUACAGGGAAAGGGCAGGGGCAGCUGGCUACAGGGAGGAAGGGGCAGGAGCAGGGGCAGUUGGAUAUGAUGGCCAGCAUCAUUACUAUCCCCAGCAGCAGCUCCAUCCCCAGCAGCAGCUCCAUCUCCAGCAGCACCAGAUCCAGCUCCAGCUCGACGAUGAAGAGGAGGCCUAUGGCAGUGGCAGUGGCAGUGUUGGUGGCAGUGGCAAUGGUAGUGGCAGUGGUAGUGGCAGGAGUGGUGCUAGGAUGUCCCCGGCAAACGACAGUCCAGAUGUACUCCCUGUAGAGGAGGCAGACCCAUACCAUCCAGACAGACCAAUGGUAGGAGGUGCCAUGGCCAGGGACCCACGCCCACGUCCUGGCUCCAAUGCCUCUGCUGCCGCUGCCGUCCCCGCUGCCCGCCGCAUGAGUGGGCAGGCGUUCCCACCACCAGCAGCAAGAGCACAAGCAGGUGCAGCUAAACCAAAGGAAGAGAAACUCCUUGACAGGGUGCUGGAUGAGGCUACCACAGAGGAGAGAAAGACUGCUGCCUCUGCAACAGCGCCGGCCACUGCUGUUCCCAAAGAGCUUGGGUCCGCGCGUUCUUCAUUCAUUGGUACUUCGAACUCCGGGUCCCCAGCCUUCAUGGACACUACCCCCUCCUCCCUCUCCUCCUCCCCACCUCGGGGGAUCUCUCCUCACGUUGCGGGGCAGGCCACCGCUGGCGGUGGUGCCGUCAGCUCUGGCAACCAAUCUGGCGGUGCUGCUGCUGCUGUCACGACCGUCGGUGCUGGCGUCAGUGGUGCUGUCACGACCGUCGGUGCUGGCAUCAGUGGUACUAUGAUCUCCAACCCCGUCGGUGGGGCCGUAGGUGGUGCUGUCACCUCGGACAACCCCAUCGGUGGUGUUGCCACCUCGGUCAACCCCGUCGGUGGUUCUGUCAGCCCCGUCGGCGAGGCCGUUGGUGGUUCUGCCAGCUCGGACAACCCUAUCGGUGAGGUGGUCGGUGGUUCUGUCAGCUCGGACAACCCUGUUGGUGAGGCAGUCGGUGGUUCUAUCAGUUCGGACAACCCCGUCGGUGGGGCCGUUGGUGGUUCUGUCAGCCCUUUAGGUGAUGCCGAUAGUGCAGUUGCCGCUGCUGUCGGCGACGGAAGCUUUGACGGUGUCACCAAUGUGGUGGUUGGCUUCCACCAGGGCAUCGCUGACGGACACACCGCUAUGAGGAUACUUGGCCGCCUGGUGAAGUUGCUGAAUGACGUCGUAAUGGAUGUGGAGAUUGACGACUCGGUGCCUCUAGAGGGUAACAAUGAAGACCUAUAUAGAGAACUGCUGAAGUCAAGAAUAGAGCUUCUGAGAGACGAUAGUUUGCACGAGAUGAUGUUCGAGAAGAUGAGAGCGAGGGAAAAGUGGGAGUCUUGCAUGAAGUGCGUUUUUGGCGAGGCUGCUGGAGGAGGGGGCGGAAGCAGGAGGCCACAUUAUUAUCCUUGUUACCACGUGCUCAGUCUGGACGCCAUGACCACCACGCGAUUUCUCGAAAAGUGCGCGAAUGAGAGCGUGGGGCUGCGAGCAGCGUUCAGUGCUUUAGCAAACAUCUCCCUGAUGGACAUCCUCACCGCGAGGGACGUCAUCAAAGACACGUACAAGUUUUUUAGUAGCCAUGCCAUUAACCUGCGUCGCUUCACUAAUAAUCUCGAUCACAAAAACGUCAAUGGCUGCCUGUUCGCUCCCGUGCACAUCCGCACUCCAACGCCUCGCCACGCUGCUGACAACUUUUGGGAUUUUGUGCGCCUUGUACAGUACGAUAUAAACCAGGUCUUGGAUACAGACCAGGCGCUGAAGGAGCUGGCAGUGAUGGAGCUGAACCCACCGGGACAAAGAGAAUACGACAUGCUGUUCAUGGAGCCCCUGCCGCAGAUGAAAGACUACUUCACGUACUUACUUGGGGACGUCACGGACAAGCUGAUGGGGGAGCAAGGCCCGAAUGUGGUGGUGGAGUUCGUGGAGGCCACAAUGUCCCGCCAUAAGUUGGGAUACGCCUGCUGUCACGUGCUGCAUAUUUUCCAGGACAGUCUGUGCAUCACGCUGAACUAUUCCACGAGGCACUUAAACGAGGAACUGGGGAAGGAGUACAUGUCCAACAUUUACCGCCGCCUAUUUGAAGUCAUCUGAGGGAAGAAGGGCGGUAUAGCCAAGUUUGUAGAUACUGUGUGGAUGUGUUAAUCUGCUCCCCCCUGCUUCUCUCCCUCGAAAAGAGCACCGCACGCGUCCCACACGUCCCAAAUUAUUUUUACUGUCAUUUACAAAAAAAGCUUUAGGUAUCUAGUCUUCCAGAUUCAAUAGAAGUUUUCAGUAUUUUUUUUUUUUUUUUUUGGCUAUUUGUAGCAAGUUUUUAGGGUACAAUAUUUUAAGUUUUUUUAAGUGUUACAGGAUUUAUAGUACAAAAUAGUUUUGUUCUUGUAUAUCGGGGGAUUUUUGUUAUACAUCAUGUUAGGUCACAAAAUUGUUUCGGCGGGUGUUUUGUUCUUAAUGUGCUACAAUUUUACUAUAUUAUUAAUAAAGUUUACACAGCUCUUU